AGCAGCUCAUUUCCCUCCACCUUCCUGUUUCAACACCUUCCUCUGCACCGUGUUCUCUCUAAGGUUCCAGAAGGAGCUAAAGCCCAUAAGGCCAGUUGCCCUGGAGAGUUCCAGUUCUGUCAACCCGUCCUAUGGGCCAGAAGACAGGGGUUUCUAACAGCUUUCCUCUCCUCCCUCCAGGAUGACAUGACCUUGUGGUAGACCCCAGAACAGAGGUUCCAGGAUGACAGAACCUGAGAGCCUGGCCCUGCUGGAAGUGAAGGGGUCUGAGGCCCCGGAGAAGAGCCCACCCGAGGCCUUGGUCCCCAAUGGCCGGCAGCCAGAAGGGGAAAUUGGAGGAGAGUCCCCUGGGGCUGAGUCCCUCAGAGUGGAGUCUUCAGCUGGGUCUCCCACGGCCAUAGAGGGGACCGAGGAUGGUUUGGAUAGUACAGUAAGCGAGGCUGCCACCUUGCCCUGGGGGGCUGGCCCCCAGCCCAGCGCUCCAUUCCCGGAUCCCCCUGGCUGGCGGGAGAUUGAGCCAGAGCCCCUUAAGUCAGAACCCACUACCAAGCUAGAGGAGCUGCCCGAAGAUGAUGCCAACCUGCUGCCUGAGAAGGCAGCCCGUGCCUUCGUGCCCAUCGACCUACAGUGCAUUGAGCGGCGGCCCCAGGAAGACCUCAUUGUGUGCUGUGAGGCGGGCGAGGGCGAGCGCCGGACCUUCCUGCCCACCCGGGUCACCCAUCCUGAGCCCCCCGAGUGCAAGUGGGCCGAGGCAGUGGUGAGGCCACCUGGCCGUUCCUGUGGCGGCUGCGGGAUCUGUGGAGGCCGUGAGGGGCUGAGGGCUGUGGCGUCUGUGGGAGCUGCACUCAUCCUCUUUCCCUGCCUACUGUACGGGGCAUAUGCCUUCCUGCCCUUUGAUGCCCCACGGCUGCCCACCAUGAGUUCCCGCCUGGUCUACACGCUGCGCUGUGGGGUCUUUGCCACCUUCCCCAUCAUCCUGGGGCUCCUGGUGUAUGGGCUGAGCCUGUUAUGCUUUUCUGCUCUUCGGCCCUUUGGGGAGCCACGGCGGGAGGUGGAGAUCCACCGGCGAUAUGUGUCCCAGUCGGUCCAGCUCUUCAUCCUCUACUUCUUCAACCUGGCCGUGCUUUCCACCUACCUGCCCCAGGAUGCCCUCAAGCUGCUCCCUCUGCUCACUGGUCUCUUUGCCAUCUCCCGGCUGAUAUACUGGCUGACCUUCGCCGUGGGCCGCUCCUUCCGUGGCUUUGGGUACGGCCUGACGUUCCUGCCGCUGCUGUCCAUGCUGGUGUGGAACCUCUACUACAUGUUCGUCGUGGAACCCGAGCGCAUGCUCACUGCCGCCGAGAGCCGCCUGGACUACCCAGACCACGCCCGCUCGGCCUCCGACUACAGGCCCCGCCCCUGGGGCUGAGCCGCUCCGCCCUCUCGGCCUCGGGGCGGGGCGAGCCGGGUGGGCUCGGGACACUUCUCUGAACCUGGUUGCAGAUCUGGACUUUGCCCCCAGCCCUGGGACCUUGGUAGGGGGAACCCUGCUGCUGACCCAACAGGGGACCCAUCCAAUCGGAGCUCUUUCCUAGCCAGGCUGCCCUUCAUCAGUGGGGCCCGGGACAGUCAUAGAGGAUGGCCUUAGUUUUCUUGCAGGGAAAGAGGUGGACACCCAUGUCCCUUAAGGACGCUGAGGGCAGGGGCCAGGACCGGGGGAGAGGCAUGGUUCCUUGCUGAGCAGCCUCCCACCACGGCCAUUAGGGCUCACUAAUGCUGGACUCUGCCCCACCCCCCAGACUCCCCCCAGCUUUCUGUGCGGCAGGGCCACAGCCAAAACCCUGAUCAUUUCUGUGUCAUUUGUCUAAGCAGAGGACCUCAAGGAGACUGGAAAUACUGCCCAUGCCAGUAUAGAGGCCCCAGGAUAGAGGCUGGGCAUCAGAUCAAAUAGGACUUUCACGUUUGGUGAAAACUUUCCUUGGGAGUCUGGGUUUAGGACCCUCACGACUGGCAAUAAGGGCCCUUUAGCCUCACUCAAGACUAUUAUAGCUGCCCCAGUCCUGGCUGCUGCCUUCUCUCUUCCAAUCUAUUUAGGCCUUUCUAACUUCCCACCUUUAAACUGCCCAGAAGUCACACCCCUCCCACAGGUGAGAGGAGUAGACAAGGAAAUCUGCCUCCCAAGAGGGGUUGGGGGUGGUGUCUGUGUGUGUGUGUGUGUGUGUGUGUGUGUGUGUGCAAACGUGUGCCCGCAUGUGGUGGCUGGGGAGUGGCUGGAAGGCACAGUGGCUGACGUUAACCCAGUGUGAGUGUGUAUGUGUAAGAAUAAAUUACUACCACAGUC